GCUGAGCUAGUUGUUGAUUUUCAGGAUGUUUUAUAAUUGUGCCAAAAUGGCCAGGAACACAGAGCGUCCCUUUUCACAAGAUGCCAAAAUGAAUAACAGCUAGGAGAGGUUAAGUUGCUAAUUAAUAGCUUGACCUCUUUUAAAUGAUGAUCUGGUCUUUUCUGCACAGAUAUGACGGCGCUACAUCCUUAUGAACCAGUCGGUUGUUUCAAAGACAAUAGUACACGCGCUUUACCAGUGUUAGUACGAAGGUACUCUGUCAACGAGAGAGAUUUGGCCAAUUCACUCGCAGCCAUAGUUCACGCAUGUGCUACGAAAGUCUUUGAGAAAGGCUUCUGGUAUUUUGGCGUGGAAUAUCGCUACGAGUGCUGGAGUGGAGUGAACGGUAGCAUGACCUACAACAUACAUGGGCGAUCCGACAAAUGUUUAUGGAAUUAUAGGGUGGGAGAUGUAUGGACCAUAUUUGUUUACCGCUUUGUUGAAGUGAAUGGCAGUUGGAGCCAGUGGUCGUCAUGGCAACCAUGCAGUGUGACGUGUGGAGGGGGACACAGGACACGUGCUCGCACAUGUUCUAAUCCAGCGCCAAAAUGGAACGGAAUGGAUUGCGCUGGGACAAAUAUCGCCACAGAGAGCUGCAAUUUGCACAAAUGUAAAGUGAAUGGCAGAUGGAGUUAUUGGUCGCCAUGGCAACCAUGCAGCGUGACGUGUGGAGGAGGACAUAGGACACGUUCUCGCACGUGCUCUAAUCCAGCGCCACAAUGGAACGGAAUGGAUUGCGCUGGAAAAAAUAUCUCAACUGAGAGCUGCAAUUUACAGAAAUGUAUAGAUACCAUGGCACUGCACCCGUAUGAACCAGUCGGUUGUUUCAAAGACGCUACUCCACGCGCCCUACCAGUGUUACUCCAAUGGUACUCUGUCAACGAGAGAGAUUUGGCCAAUUCACUUCCAUCCAUGAUUCACGAGUGUGCUACUCAAGUGUAUGAGAAUGGCUUCUGGUAUUUUGGCGUAGAACAUCGAUACGAGUGCUGGAGUGGAUUAAACGGUGACAUGACGUACAACAGACAUGGGCGAUCCAACAGUUGUUUAUGGAAUUAUAACGUUGGAAAUGCAUGGACCAUAUUUGUUUACCGGUUUGUUGGAGGUUAGUUACCAGUUCAUAACCUCACACUUCACAAAUUUUAUCCCGUGAUAUUUUUCUAACUAAUAUUAUGUAGCAUGAUUUACAUUUGGGUC